UUUUUUCCUUUCUUAUUAAAAGUUAGUUGGGAAUUGGGAUAAACACUCAAUUGUCACAUUUUUCUUUAUACCAUUAUUAUUACAACAUCAUCAUCUUCCUUCAUUAAUAUUUUAGUAUUAGUAUAUUAUUGUUUUUUCAAAACAUAUUGACACUUUUUGAGAGACCAAAAUAUCAUGAAGGCUGCGAUUAGCAACAACGUUAAUUACAAGAAGCAAUUCUCUGUGGUUUUUAUAAAGUUUGCUGUCUGUUUUCUGUUGAUGGGUUUUGCUUAUCGUUUAUUCUUGUCCAGCUUUGUACAAUUUUCCACUGUUGAGGUUUCUGAUACAGCUUUUGUUUCCAACAAGACAUCCAGUGAUCUUACAAUGGACAGAAGUACUUCACAAAAUGGAAAAUGCGAUUUAUUUAAAGGAGAUUGGGUUCAAGAUCCAACAGGAGAUGGAAACCCAAAGAUUGUGAGAUACCUAAAUUCAAUCCCAAGAAGUUCGUUCAUAUGAUGCGGGGCAAAUCGUUAGCCUUCGUUGGUGAUUCAAUUAUGCGCAAUCAUGUACAGUCAUUGCUUUGCAUUCUCUCUCAGGUACAUUCAAUCUUGAACAGACAAGAUUAUCAGAGUAAUACUUGAAUUAGCUGCUAUAAAUUUACUUAUGCGUUAUUUGUUUGUUUAUUUAGGCUAAUUCUUAGUUUGGGGUGAGGCUGUAGUCAGAGGCAGAUAUAAGAUCUAAACUUUAUGGGUUCAGUCUUUAAGAUUCUUAGCAUUAAACUAGUUUGCUUUUAAAAUUAUGGAUUCAUAACGUAAUACGUAUUUGUUAAAAUUUUAGAGGAUUUUUACUAUAUAUUCAAGCUUUGUGUCAAAAAUACUGGUUUCAGAUGAACCCAUAGUUUAUGAACUCCAUCCGCCACUGGCUAUCAGGGUUCUAGAUUGCGUUUGUAAGGUUGUGGGCUUGACAGUAAGGGAAAGCUAAAACAGAGGGCAAAGAGGUUCUUGACCUAUUAAUUCCACUAGUUGAUGAGAGUGCAAAGAAUUUACCUAGCGAAAACAUCGCUAGUAAAUGUAAAAAAGCAAACCAGACUAGAUGAACAAAAUUUCAAAUAAACAAUGCAAAAAAACUCAUUUGGCUGAUCUCUAACUAGGUGAGAAGGAAAACUAACUCUUUAAUGAAGGAAAAUAGUACUAAUUAGACUUUUAGUGACUAACUGACAACGUCGGUAUAGGAAAAGAAUGUGAGAUAUGAGAUAGAAGUAGGGCAGUGCUAAUUCUGCAUCAACAGCUAUUUUGGCUCCUUUCUUCAGAGAACAUCAAAUCGACCAUUUUCAUUUGCUUCGAGACAAACAAAUCCCUCAAGAGGCUCAAAAGCUCACUAUUGUAUGAAGAAAGAUUCCAGUGAAAAGGCAUCUUCUGCUGUUUAUACUAAGUUAAAGGUUAGAUCUGCAUAAGACAUGGCUUUGAUUGGAGUUAGCCCGACAAAUGGACGAAAAAAAUGUCAUUCUUCAAUGAUGGUCAAGUCCAAAACUUGCUUGCUGGUGAAACUCAUCAUGACUUAGAUGUUUUCUUUCAACUACUUAUUAACAUCAAAAAUUGCUCUUAUAUGGUCAAUAUAGAUCUCAAUAAAAGUUGUUUCUCAUUGUUAGGUUUAUUCGAUAAAAUUUGUUGGACAGUCUUGUUUUAUAAGCUGGUGUUGUAUCUCUCAGCUCAUAAUAUUGGGCCUUGCUUUGGAGAUGGCUUACCUUCUCAUAUUGGCUCUCACUGCUUUAAAAAGUAAUGUCACUCUCAGCUACACCAAUAUUGUCACUGAAUACAGCUGGUAAAGUUUUUCCAGUUGAAACAUUUCAUUUCAAGUUGUAUAAUCAGUUCAAACUUAUUGUCAUGCCAAACUACUCCAACCAUUCUAGUACAGCUCUAAUUUUCAUGUUCCAUCACUUGUGGGGUGAUGAUGUCCUUUGACUAGGAAAAAUGAGUAAGAAAGGGCAGCCCGGUGCACAAGGCAUCUCGCGUUCAUGCAGGGUCCGGGGAAGGCUGCACUCCAUGUGAUGUAAACAACAUACCCUAAUGCAUGCAUUAGUGGCUGCUUCCACGUCUCGAACCCGUGACUUAAAGGUCACAUGGAGACAACUUUACCAUUGCUCCAAGGCUCCUCUCAACCAAGAAAAUUGAGUAUUUUGGGUAGUGCUAAUUCUGCAUCUUUUUGAAAAUGAGUAUUUUUGCGACUCUGUUACUCACAGAAGCACUGUUGAGUAUUUUUGGAAGUGGCUCUUCACUACAUUUAUUGUUUGCUUGCCUAUCGUUCUGGCAUAUUCAUUACUAGCUGGAAUGCGUCAAGUUCUAGUUAUGUUAUAUUGGGUCGUCUAGUACGUCAAAGAAUUCAGUAUCUGGAUUCAUGUUUACAUUUCGUGCAGGAGGAACAAGGUGAUGAGGUCUACCAUGACAAGCAAUACAAAAGCAGAAGAUGCCCAGCUUCACCUUGACAAACUCGAUGAUGUUUGGACUCGACAAUUUGACAAUUUCGAUUAUGUAGUUAUUGCUGGAGGGAAAUGGUACCUGAAAUCUGCAAUUUACUACGAGAACAACAAGAUUGUUGGCUGCCACAACUGUCCUGGUAAGAACAUAACAGAAGUUGGAUUCGAGUAUGCAUAUCGCAAAGCACUGAAUUCGACUCUGAAAUACAUCACAAGAUCGAAGCACAAGGCGUAUACUUUCUUUAGAACCGCAACACCGGAUCACUUUGAGAACGGUGAAUGGAACACCGGAGGUUAUUGUAAUAGAACAGAUCCUUUCAAAGAAGGCGAGAUUGACAUUAGAGACAUCGAUGAGGUAAUGCGUAAAAUUGAGUUGGAAGAAUUUGAGAGAGCUUUGAGAAUAGGUUCUGAAGUUGGGUUGAGAAUAAGGUUGUUUGACACCACUUUCCUUUCGUUGCUUCGGCCAGACGGUCACCCAGGAGUCUACAGGCAAUUCCAGCCAUUUGCAGGAGACAGUAGACACUCAAAAAUUCAAAAUGAUUGUCUACAUUGGUGCUUGCCUGGUCCAAUAGAUUCUUGGAAUGAUUUAAUGAUGGAAAUUUUGGUCAGCAGUUGAAAUGGGAAUUGCAUCAUUCUUUUCUUUCCUCAGAGAACUGUUUUCAUCUGCAAUAUUUUUACAAGCACAGGAAAAAGAAUCUGAGAUUGCGUUUAAUCAUUUUUGCUGCAGGCAAAUAUUGACGGCCACAUUGCUGCACAUAAAUCAGAGUCUGGCACGAUAUUCCAUUUCGUCAUGUAUAAUAUCCCCCUUCUCUUUGAGAUUCAUUGAAAUAAAUUGUAAAGUACGAGAUUCCCUGUUAUUUCUGCGUUUUUGAUAACAUACAGGCCAUCAUUUAUCAAUUUUCAAACAUUUUGGCCUGUUCGUAUGUUAAAAACUCAAUUUUCA